UAUAGUCAUAUUACUUGUAGCACUACACAGUUCACGAAUCCAUGUAUAUCCACCCAAAAGACAAGCAACAAGUAAUCUCAAUCCAACUUGUCGAAGAACUCUUACAAGUCUCACACACAAGGUAUUAAUUUUAGGCACAUAAUUUUUGACGUCUCACACACCCGCCACCCAUGGUGAUGGCCACCUUCAGCGUUCCACAGAGCUUUUGAAAGUUCUCAUGGACUCAUGUCAGAAUCUUCCUCUGAAAGAUUUCUGAAACCAGCAAUAUCUUGUGCAGGAAGAAAUGGACAUGAAUUAGAUGAAUGCCUGGUCCAUCACAGACACUAUUCUUCUCAUGGAAAAAAGUACUUGGUCAAAGAUUUCCCUUGACAACCACCACCUACAGGAUUAUAAUUAGAGGAACUACAUUAGCAGCAGAUAAGCAUCAAUUGGUUGCAAUAUAGGAGAGAAACCAUGGAGAUGGUAGCUGGGUUGCCUGAGUUCAUCGUUCAGUCUUUCCAUUCUAUUAUUCAGCUCUCUGCCACUGCUUUAGACUUCGGGCCAGAAUUUGCCAGCAACAAAACCCCAGAAGAAUUUGUGGCAGUCGUCAACAGAAUCUUACAGCUUCACGGAGGUAACAAGCUCGAGAGGCUUCGCCAGUACUUUUGUCCGCUCGACUUAUUCCUUCCCGACAUCAAUAAUUGGAUAGCAUUUUCGAUCGCGAAGGGAGUCGAAGCACUUGAGAUGAACUUUUCCAUGGGCUUUGAUCUGGCACCUAAUCAAUUCAGCAAUGGAGCUCGGUUUUUCAGAUUACCUGAUCAUUUGUACCCAUGCAAUUCAUUCACACAUCUGAGUUUGAGCCACUGUGAAGUCCAACCACCUUUGGGAUUUACCGGUUUCAGUGGCCUUCGAUUUCUGUCUCUUGCCGAUGUGGACAUCACGAAUGAUGUGCUACAAUUCAUACUAGCCAACUGCCCAAACUUAGAGAGUUUGAUCCUCAGGGAAUGGCUGUCUCUUGAAUCGAUCGAACUGGUUGCUGAUAACCCCAGGCUUAGGAGGUUAGCUUUCGUAGAAUGCUGGAAUACCUAUCAAAUAGAGAUUUCUGCUACUCAUCUCCAGUCCUUCAUCUUCUAUGGUGAAUAUGCCUUUGGAAGCGAAUUCAACUUAUCUGAAAGUUCAAAUGUCAUUGUCCCAUCACUGGAGGAUGCCUUCAUCAGCUCCAUAGGCAUGGAACACACAGAACCCUAUCAUGGCUAUACAAUGCUGCUGUCUGAUAUUGCACAUGUCAAGAUCCUAAAAGUGUGCUCGGCAACUCUAAUGGUAAUACUAUCUCAUAUUCAACAGCGUUUCACCAUCUACGAAGAAACCGAUGCUGCACUUUUGCCACUCGUGUUGCCGAAUCUGCAAGAACUGCAGUUGCUAAUGGACUCAAUGAACAGUGAGUACCUCAAAUACAUCUAUGGCUACGUCAGGCUCUGCCACACCCCACUCCUUGAGAAACUUUUUAUUCAAGUAGGUCUUAUCUCAAUAUCUGGGAUUAAGCUGAGUAAGUUCAAAGGAUGUAAGUGCGAAAUGAGUUUGGUGAAAUUUCUUCUCCAGAGGGCUGUUGUUUUAGAGAUCAUGGUGCUAGUCACUCCUCCAGGACAAAACAAAGUAGAAAGGAUUGGUGAAGGACAAGAUAGUGGAGUAGAAGAGGUAGUGCCUGGAUAUAACAUUGAGUAG